AUGGGUUUGCUUCGAGGCAUGUGUUGUUUCUCUAAGUCAAAUAUCUCAAUAGAAACAAAACCUUCUAAUCCAACCCUCACCUCAACAAAACAACUCUUUUCAAAUCAAAGACUUGUCUCAACAAAACAACCAUCAUCCAUAAUAAAAGAACUUUGCCACCACUUUUCACUUGCUGAGUUACAAUCAUCAACAAAUAACUUCAACCAUUCUUCCAUAAUCGGAGAAGGCGGAUUUGGCGUUGUUUACAAAGGUCAUUUGAAGCAAAAUUCCGCCGCAGUCGCCGUCAAGCGAUGCAAAAAAGAAUCAAUCUUCGGUUUCUCAGAGUUUAAGAACGAGGUUGUCUUGCUCUCACAGCUACACCACCCUAAUCUCAUGUCAUUAGUUGGAUUUUGUGUCGAAAGAAACGAGUUAGUUCUUGUUUAUGAAUACAUGUCUAAUGGUUCCCUUUUUGAUCAUAUUCAUCCUAAUAAAAUUAUAAGGGAUCCACUCCCAUGGAAACUUAGGCUUAAGAUUUGCAUUGGAGUAGCGCGUGGACUACACUAUCUUCACACAGGACUCAAGUAUGCAAUCAUACACCGUCACAUUAAAUCGCGCAACAUUGUUUUAGAUCAUAACUGGGAACCGAAAAUUUCGGGGUUGUUCUUGUCCAAAAGAGGUCCAUAUAGCAUGUCAAAAUCAUUGAUUAGAGUUAAUUCGAGAGUAAUGUCAACAUGUGGAUAUAGUGAUCCAGAAUAUGCAGCAACCGGUGAUUUAACUGAAAAAUCGGAUGUGUAUUCAUUUGGUAUAGUUCUAUUAGAAGUUUUUAGUGCUAAGUCAGCAAUGGAUCUUAUUAAGGAACAUUUGAAACAUAAGUAUUUGGUGAAGUCAUAUGCAGAGGAAAUUGUUGAUCCGUUUCUGAAGUCAAAGAUUGAUCCAAGUUGUUGGAAUUUGUUUGUUGACAUUGCUCAUCGAUGUUUGGUUGUUGAUGGAAGAGAGAGGCCAGAUAUGGGUGAAGUGGAAGUGGAGCUUGAACAUGCAUUGCAAUUGCAAGAGGAAGCUGACUCCAAAUAUGAGCCGAAUGCCAAUUCCUAA